GAUGGAACACAAGAGUGAUGGAACACGCAGGCAGGCAGGCAGGCAGGUAGGCAGGCUUUCUGGGCUAUCCGGGAAUAUCUCAGCCGUGCUUGUGGCGAAUCUGCAUCAGAAAGAACUUGUUCUGUGUUGUCUCAGAUCGUUUUUGGUUCACGAAGUAGUCGAGGAUUUGAACUUUCGAAUCGUUUGCCGGAAUGCAUGCCAGCGGGGGGGCUCGAGUGCACGCUGUUCUGUCUUGUCCUACCUUCGACUUCGUCCAGAGAGGUUGCAAGCCACGACCGUUGUAUAUGUUCUAGUAUUUCCCUUCGAUAUCGGGUAAGGUGGUUGGGUACAUGACUUUGAUUAGUCGUGUUUCGGAGCGGUUGGCUAGCGAGGGGGCACGAGCGUGUGCAGAGCAAUGCCCUUUGUUGAUCUUCUGUCCGGGAAAUGCUAAGCUACACUGUCAUUCGGUCUACGCCGAAGCGAAACAUGGCGGUACGACUUUCUCGGGUGUCGCACCGUCAGGUAGCGAAACGUUGUGACGAAGACAACUUGUGUUGCAGGCACCAGGGCGGGGGGGGGGUCGAAACAUGUAGGUAG